ACAAAUUAACAUCAUGGGCAUCGCAACCACUCCAGAGCUCAAAAAGUAUAUGGAUAAGCAUCUUUCGCUUAAACUCAACGGUAACCGACGAGUAACCGGUAUUCUCCGUGGUUAUGAUCCCUUCAUGAACAUUGUGUUGGAUGAGGCUGUUGAGGAGAUCAGUGAGACAGAAAAAAACCAGAUUGGCAUGAUUGUAAUUCGCGGUAACAGCAUUGCUCUUUUGGAGGCGCUGGAACGCAUCUAAUCUUUCCGGAUGUUAAUUUUCUAUAAACUUGCCUGACCAUCCGUAGAUUAAUGUUCUCCUUUCAUAGUCCUUUCUUUCAUUGUGUUGUGAGCUUGUUAUUGUUGUUUUUUCCCUUCUUUUUCAUGUUGGCUAUUAUAUUGUAGUAGUCACGAAUAGCAACAAAAAUGUUUACUCUGCGCCACC